AGAGCACAAUAUUUAUCCGACAAAUAACCCAAAAAGCGCUAUAUAUACCUUUCGGUGUAUACAAACCAAGCAAAGCAAAAACAGCAGCGCAUCACACAAUUCACAACUCACCAUUUGAAUUCGGCAGCAGAUCUGCGAUGGACGAGAAGCUGUUACAGAGAUUGGAGUCUGCGGUGGCGCGGCUGGAGUUGCUCUCGAGUGGCAGCGGCGGCGGUGGAGAUGCAGCGGCGGCGAUUGAUCCAUCGGUGAUUGCAUUCGAUGAAUUCAUGGAGCAAUAUGUAGGUAGGCUUAUGAGUGCUGCCAAGAAGAUCGGGGGACAAGUUGAAGAUGUGACUAAGCUUCUUCAACAAGCCUUUUCUGUUCAAAAGGAACUUCUCAUUCAAAUCAAGCAAUCUCAGAAACCUGACAUGGCAGGAUUAGUUGAGUUUCUUAAACCGUUGAAUGAAGUGAUAAUAAAAGCAAAUGCAAUGACAGAAGGAAGGCGAUCAGAUGUCUUUAAUCACUUGAAGAGUGUGGCGGACAGUAUAUCGGCACUUGCAUGGAUAGCAUACACAGGGAAAGAUUGCGGCAUGAGCAUGCCUAUUGCACAUGUGGAAGAAAGUUGGCAAAUGGCGGAAUUUUAUAACAACAAGGUUCUCGUUGAGUACAGAAACAAAGACCCAACCCAUGUGGAGUGGGCAAAAGCUUUGAAGGAGCUCUAUGUACCAGGUUUGAGGGAUUUUGUGAAGGCACAGUACCCUCUAGGUCCUGUUUGGAGUGCCACAGGGAAAACAGUUGCUAGUGCUACACCCAAAGCUCCUACAACUAGAGCUCCUGCUCCUCCACCUCCUCCCCCUGCUUCUCUCUUCACUUCCGAAGCUCCUCAGCCUUCUUCAUCUCGACCAAAGGUGGGGAUGUCUGCUGUUUUUCAAGAGAUCAGUUCUGGGAAGCCUGUGACUUCUGGAUUAAGAAAGGUAACAGAUGAUAUGAAGACAAAGAACCGCGCAGAUAGAGCUGGUGUUGUUGCUGCUAAUGAAAAAAGCAGCCACGCUACCUCAUCUUCCUUCUCCAAAACUGCACCUCCCAAGUUGGAGCUCCAAAUGGGUCGCAAGUGGGUUGUAGAGUACCAGAUUGGUAAGAAGAAUUUAGUAAUUGAUGACUGUGACGCAAAGCAAACUGUAUAUAUCUUCGGAUGCAAAGAUUCUGUUCUCCAGAUACAAGGAAAGGUUAACAACAUAACCAUAGACAAGUGCACUAAGAUGGGGGUUGUAUUCAAGGAUGUGGUUGCUGCUUGUGAGAUUGUUAACUGCAAUGGUGUUGAGGUGCAAUGCCAGGGUUCAGCACCUACGAUUUCAGUAGACAAUACAGGAGGAUGCCAAUUAUAUCUAAGCAAAGAUUCUUUGGGUGCUUCUAUAACGACAGCCAAGUCGAGUGAGAUUAAUGUAUUAGUUCCUGGUGCUGGUGCUGGCGAUGACUGGGGGGAGCAUGCUUUGCCGCAGCAGUUUGUCCAUGCAUACAAGGAUGGCCAGUUUGUAACCACUCCUGUAUCACACUCUGGCGGUUAAUGGUGGCAUAUCACGGCUUCGGUUUUAUGUUUUAUAUUCAUUUAUUUUUUUUUUCCUUUUCUCCUUUUUGGAUUGCUUGAAUCCCUAAAAGAUUGCUUUCCCCUGCCGUUCAUCUAUCACGCCUUGUCACGAUGAUGAAGUUAAGUAUUGAUUCGAUUUUUUUGUUUUACUAAAUUGUUGUAAAAACAGAGUCUCCCCGAUUUAAGAAUAUUUUGUCCGUUGACUGGUAAGAAGUUUUGGGUGGAAUAUCAUCCACACGUUCAGGCAUAGUUUGUGCGACUAGUGUGGUUGGAAAUUUUGGGUUAAACCCUGUUCAGACAAAUACUGCAUAUAUUGUAUUUCGCAUCUUAUGCAAACUCAUGUAUGAUGAAUGUUGGUUUAUUGUUAUUGUUGUUGUGGUCA